UUCGCUUAUUUGCAUUGAACGCGCUCGGUACAUGUCAGAGGUUUUUUCUUUACUCAUAAAAAAGAAAAACGCUUAUAUAUAAAAAAUUUUGUUUGUUUACAAAAUAAUUAAAACAAAGAAGAAAAUUUUAAAAAAAAAAAAUCUUAGUGAAAAGAAAAAAAUUAUACAACAAAAAUAUUUUUAAUUACAAAACAAUAAAAAAUAAAGAUAAAAAUAAGAAGAGCAAAAAUAAGAAAAAAAGUAACGACAUAAAAUUAUUCAACUUGUUUUGAGAUAAACAAAUAAAUGCAAAAAAAAUUUAAAUACAAAUUAAAAAAAAUAUUAACAACUAAAAAAAGUUUAAACUAAAUGUUCAAGUAAACAACAGCAACAACAAUAAACUACUGAUAAAAGUUUAUUAUUUUUUGCUAAAAAUUCUUAAAGAAUUUUCAGAUACUAGCGAGAGCACAACCAAAGUAAAAUUACAAUUUCUUUGUACACGAAAAUAAAUAACACUCAAUCUACAUUAACUACUAAUUAAAAUAGAAAAAAUGGCCCAACCUCAAUUGUUGCAAAUUAAAUUGUCCAGAUUCGACGCUCAACCCUGGGGCUUCCGUCUACAAGGUGGCACUGAUUUCGCUGCUCCACUUCUUGUACAAAAGGUCAAUGGUGGCAGUUUAGCUGAACAAGCUGGCUUAAUGCCCGGUGAUGCUGUAAUUAAAAUUAACGAUGUCGAUGUUUUCAAUCUACGCCACAAAGAUGCCCAAGAUAUUGUUGUACGUUCCGGCAAUAACUUUGUUAUGACUGUACAAAGAGGUGGUUCUACCUGGCGUCCACAUGUUCAACCCACUGGUCAAAUGCCCCAACCCAAUUCACCUUAUUUGCAAACAGUGACGAAAACUUCUUUGGCUCACAAACAGCAAGAGUCCCAACAUAUCGGCUGUGGCUAUAAUAAUGCGGCCAAACCUUUUGGCAAUGGCGUUGAUGGCAACGUUAAGAGUAUUGUCAAUAAACAAUACAACAGCCCAGUUGGCAUUUAUAGCGAUGAAUCUAUUGCAGAAACCCUCUCGGCUCAGGCUGAAGUAUUGGCUGGUGGUGUCCUUGGUGUUAACUUCAAGAAAAACGAAAAGGAAUACCAGGCCGAUAAGUCUGAAGUUUUGAAAUUCUUGCGUGAAGAAGAAUCUGGCCCCUCUACACCAGAGCCACACAGCACAUCAAACUACUAUUGGACACGAAGUCAUGCCAUUGGCGGCCAUUACAAGCAGGAUAGUGAUGAUGAGCGUAUUGGUACACCAUUACAUCAGAAUACAUUGGCACCAGCCGCCACACAUCGUCCCAGUUUGCCAACACCCAGCACAGAACCACCAAAACCCGCCGUUGCUGCCGCACCAGAAAUACCUGAUCCCAGACUAAUUGUUAUGCCAGUAUGUCCGGCUCUACAGACACCGGAGUAUAAGGAAGAAAUGGAGGCAGCUGCAAAAGCAGCAGCAUUAGGACCGGAUGGACAACCUAGACCAUUAUCAGCUAGCGGACAUCCGCCAUGUGCAAUGUGUGGUGUUGGCAUUGUUGGUGUUUUUGUACGCAUUAAGGAUAGAAAUUUACAUGUUGAAUGUUUCAAGUGUGCCACUUGUGGUACUUCAUUGAAAAAUCAAGGUUACUACAAUUUCAAUAAUAAAUUGUACUGUGACAUCCAUGCUAAAUUGGCUGCUAUGCAAAAUCCUCCAUCUGGUACUGAGGGCUAUGUACCUGUACCCAUUAAACCCAAUACCAAAUUGAGUGCUUCGACCAUUUCUUCAGCCUUGAAUGCUCACGGCUAUAAUAAUGGUGUAUCCAAUGGUAGCUCUACCCCAGCUCCGCAAGAAGAAAAUAUGAACGAUUUACCUUUGCCACCACCACCAUCACCCACACAACUACAACAAUUUGAAAUAUACAACAACAACAACAAUAAUAUUAAUAAUAACAAUAAUGACAAUCAACAUACACGUACAUUAAGUAGCCUGUCAUCAAUGUCAACUGGUUCGAAUACUACACAUUCCUCUACACAAUCCUUGUCACCAACACCCUACAAUUAUCAUCACAAUAACACAAUGGUGCAGCAACAACAACAACAGCAGCAGCAACAACAACAGAUGACCUACUAUCCAACACAAAAUGAAUCGACUCAUUCUAGUUUGUCACUGGAUCAGUAUGGUUCUAGCUCACCCUUACACUCACGUCAGGCCUCAUCAUCAUCGUCUUCGCUAAAUUAUGGCUGUAAUAAUGAUAAUUAUGGUACAGUAACAACAACAACAGCAAUAACAAUACCUCCACCACCGCCACCACCACUGCCAGAGGACAAUAAUCAGGAUUUGUAUAUAAAUAGAAUGAAACAGCUGCACAAUGCGAACAAUAGAAAAUUGUUGAUGACAAAACAAAAUGAGAACGAUAUGAAUACGUACAAUAAAACUAAUGUGUCAUCAUUAACGCCAACAGCAGCAACAACUCCACUAGGUGGAGGGGCAGCUGCAACAACACCCAUUGUGCCCACCACACAAAAAGUGUAUAAUAAGUUUUUAAAAGAGUAUUCAAAUAAGUUGUUGACACAGGGUAACAAUAACAACAACAACAGCAAUAAUACCCAUUCCACUACCAACACUAUGAAACAUUCCGAUAAUAUAAGCAACAACAUACAUUCAUUUAUAAAUAAUGGUUCCCCCAAACCCUUCAUUGCUAAUCAAAAUUCCAACUCCAAUUCCAAACAAACACAACAACAACAUAAUCAUUAUCUGCAACAACAGCAACAACAAACUAACAAUAAUAGUAAUAAUAAUAAUAUUAGCAACAACAGCAACAUUAUUUAUAAUAGUUUACCCAGUGUUGCUGCCAUCACAGCAACACUUAAUAAUCAAUUGAAAUUUGAUUCAUGUCAGGUUGCACCACCACCACCUCUACCAACAGCUACAACAACAACAAUCACACCUUCUAGUAGCAAUUUAUCAAUUGUAGAUAAGAGUACUUUUAAUAAUAGUAGCAACAGUCAAAUAAUCAACGACAACUGCAACACCACAACUAACGAAAUGUCCGCGACCACGGCCACGGGGCCAAGUGGUGACAAACCAUUUGAAUAUGUUACAUUAACCGGUAAUGUUAUACGUAGUGUUGUGCCACCCGGUAAGGGUAAUGUUAAUUACAAGGUUAACCAGGGAGGUUAUGCUCGUCCUUAUGGUGCUGCUCCACCAGCUGCUGCUCCCAAGUCGCCUGUCUCUUAUCCACCACAACAACAACAACAAUGGAAUCAACCACCACCAACUCAACCCAAGCCAACUGGUGGUAAUGCCUACGCAACUUUGCCACGCAGCAAUGUUGGCCAACAAGAAGCCGAUGAGGAAAGCUUGCAACCGCAAUAUGCCGAAUGUUAUUUCGAGGAGGACUAUGAGGUGGAGCAGACUAAUAGACAGCAACGUUCGAACUUCUGUUGGCCACCUCCUGAGGAUGAUAGUAGUCGUGCUCCUACAGCAGCUCCUUUAUAUAUACCUCCACCUGAAACACAACACGUGGUGGCAAAGCCAUUAGAAAAUCCUCCGCCUCCUCCACCGGGUAAUGCAGCUGUCUGCGGUCAAUGUCAGUGUAGUGGUGAAACUGAGCAACAGCAGCAACAACAACAACAGCAACAACAACAACAGCAGCAACAACAACAACAAGCUCAAUGGCAAAGUCGUUCGGCUCCUCAAUUGACCAGUGGCGUGACUCAACAAGAAUGUGAAUCUGGUUCAGAUUCGUAUACCUCUACCAGCACUACUACCACCACCACUUCGGAUGGCUAUCAACGCAUGUAUGCGGCCCAAGUUCAGGCCUAUCAAAUGCAACAAGCCUACGAACAGUCUGGUUCUGAAUUUGACUAUCACAUGGAUAUGGAAGUGGCCGCUAUGCAGCAACAAGAUCAUUUGCAACUUUUAUCUUCGAAUUAUUCCGAGAGUGGCCGGCGUAGUGCUCAAGAAUGCAUAGAGACUUUAGUGCCUCCCCUAAGCACCUAUAGGCUAGUAGAUAUGGUAAGAGAGGUAACUCCCAGUCCUGUCCCCGAACCUUCUCAGGGAUCACGUCAUGUGGUCUUUCUGGAGGAUCCCGAAGUCAAAGAAGUCGACUCAUAUCAUCGGCAAGUAGAAAAAGGUAAUGAAGAUGACGAAAAACAACAAGAACAAAAACACACCACAGAAACACAUGAAUCCUCUUAUGAGGAAGAAACUGAAGAUAAAGGUUUCAUCAGAGAUGAUCGUUCUCAUAUUCUGGAAAGUCAGCGUAUUUUCCAACCAACUCCAGAAAUAAAAAUCGAAAUAGCCCCUGUCAAACAAAUACCUCCCACCAAAAUUCCCAAUCCUUGUCCCAAAGAAUGGAUAAACCCCAUGGUACGUGUUCUAACCACAGCUCCUGAGACUCCCUUUCAUAUGGUUGGUUGUUUGUGUCCCAAACCUUGCGAAUGUACAUGUCAAGUUGAUCCUGAGGCAGAAAUCGCUCAGGAAAUACCUGAGGAACCUCCCAAAGAACCCAUACCAGAACCUUACGAAAGACCACUUUCACCAGAACCCGAAGAACCAGUACAUAUCAAUACCAUAUGGGAUACUCCCACGCUCACCAGCGCCAUGACUAUUGCUCCAGAGUUUCAGUUGAAAUUUGCUCCACCUGCCUCUGAGGGCAUACCUUUGCCCGAAGAGACUGAACCUUAUAUGCCACCACCUAUUGAAGUUAAACCUUAUGUUCGUGAGGAUUAUCGCCCAAAGACUCCCUUAUUACGUGCCCUUACUACUGCUCCCGAUAAACCUUUUGAAGGUCACUUUGAUCGUGAUGUUCCCAUACAUAUUCUCGAUUUGCCUACACCUAAAGAACAUCUAACAAUGAAGGAUGCCUUACGCACAGCGCCCGAACGUCCGUACACUCCUCUCGAUCCUGAAAAUGCUACACACAUGUUUGAAGAGCAACAAAAGGAAGAAGAGAAGAAAAAGCAAGAAUUUCAGGUUUUGGACAGAGAAGAAGAAUUGGGUUUGUCUAAGGAGGCAUUGGAACAGGUGGAGUAUUAUACCACAGAAAAACGUAAAUCAUCAACAUCAGCAUUUGCGGCCAUGCAAGCAUUCCAACCAUCCUCACAACCUUUAUCCUCUUCUACGACACCUCGCCACUCCAUUUCCUACACUAAAGAAGAAAAUGAUCUCGAAUAUAGAAAAUAUUAUGAUGCUCAUGAGCGUUAUCAGAAAAGACGUAGCUAUUUCUCACAAAAGGAGCAAGAGCUUCUACAACAACAGCAAACCAACACUUCCUCACAACUACAAGAACAACAUCAACAACAACAGACUAAUACACGUGAAGAGUCCUCAUUGUAUUCCUCUACCAAAGCUAGCUCUUCUUCCUCUAAAUCCUCUUCCGCAGUCCAACAACAACAGCAAAUUACCUCAUCAACAUAUGCUUCGAACUUAACACAAGCUACCAAAUCAUCCCAAUCAAUGGCUUAUUCUGGUUCCGCAACUACCUCUACCAAAGUCGAUGUACAUGAAGUAAUCGAAGAAGUAACCGAUGAACUUGAACACUCUGAGGUUAUCUUUCCACCACCCUCACCCCUUAGUCACAUGAAACAAAAAACCUCAUCGGGUCUCCACAGACCGGAGUCCAUACCGAAAUAUCAGCGCAAUUGGACAGUACUGCCGACACAAAGCCCUGUACGCACACCCGAACCACCAGAAUUGCGUGAGAAUGUUCCUUUGGCUUUUGUAGAUACUCCCAAAACACCCACUACCACUAAUGGCUCCAAUGGUAAUAAUAUACACAAACCAGUGGCUCAAAUGUCUGCACGCUCUGUUAGUCAACAGCAAUCACAAUCACACCAGCAGCAGACAACUGCUUCUGCCUAUAGUUCCUCUGUAAUGAGUUCUAAAACUGAACAAAGGCAGCAGCAGCUGUCUUCGACAGUCACUUCCUCCACUACAACCGCUUCCGAUUCGGCUAAAGAACAGCUACAGUUGACUAAACCCACUAUACCAAUUAUUAUUGAAGAUCGCUCGGGACCAGUUACCAUGGCUUUUCAAGCUUUAGAUGAGCAUAUGGUGAGAGAUCAAUCUCAAACACCUUCCCGACCUUAUACGCCUUCCAUGAUAAAUAAACCAGCUCCCAUUACGCCAUAUUAUCAGACGCCUGAAAAAUUAUGCUUUGAUGAAUGUCCAGCUACUCAUGCUCGCGAUUACGAUCGUCGCUCAGCUUCUCCUUUUCCAGAUCGCGCUAGAUCUCCAGCUCCUGGACCACCACCAAAUCCCUUGGCCGCCAUAAGAGCUCCUCGCAUGAAGGAAUCUGAAGUCUCUCCACUAAGUCCACGAGUACUGCAAGCUGGCUCUAUUACCACUGGACAAAGCUAUUUGGGAGCUCAACAGGCUCAACAACAAGAGAGAUUACUCUCACACACCGCUACAGGCACUCAAUCGGCCAUGCAAAGUUUCACUCAAGAGCCGGAAAAAAGAGAAAAAAUGCAAAUCGGAAACAUGACUGUGGAAAGGAGUGAAAAAGCUUCCCGUUUAGAGGAACAAAAACAAAGUCAAAUGCAAUCACACACUACAACACAAGUGGGCAAUACUCAGAUUGAACGCAGACGCAAAGUAACUGAAGAAUUUGAACACACUUCAUCGGCCAAGACAGUAGAGAUACGUACUGGUUCACAAUCUUCUUCCACAGAAAGGAGACAGUCUUAUGGAAAAACUGGUUAUGUGGCCAAUCAAGCAAGACGUUUGUCCGGUCUCGAACAAGAGAUCACAAACUUGACAAGCCAGUCUCAAGCCAUUAGUGCUCGAGCGGCCACAUUGACGGAAACGAAAUUUCCCGAAUUGCAUAGUCAGGGCGGUCAAUCGCAAUUCCCCACAAAGCCAGUGCUUCCUCCUCACGAUGAAUCUCAGCCACCGAGCUAUUACGUUUCUGGAGCCACUCUUAAAAAAUUGGAUGAACCGGUUUGCACGAUUUUCCCACCAGCCCAACAAAAACAAUCUUCAACUUCGUACGGAGCGUCAUUGGUUUCUUCGCAGCAAUCACAAUCGCAACAACAACAGAAAUCAUUAACUACAUUAUCAACAACAUCAUCUUCACAUCAACAAAAACAACAACAAGCUAACACUGUUAGCUGUAGUCUAACCAAAGCUUCUGCUACUACUUGUACUAAUAAUCAAGCUUAUCAAUCGAUCACAGCUGGCUCUAACCUUAAUGCUACUUCUACUUCUACCACUACUUCAUCUGCAACUGGCACUGCACCCUCGGGUGUUUGCCCAGUAACGGGUACAUUCUGUCGUCCCGGUCAUACAUGCUGCAAGCAGCAACAAUUGCAACAAUCAAAUAAUAAUAAUAAUGGCUCACGACCGACUGCUUCUUUAGGUUCAGCUGGCUCUAAGCCAUCACAAGCUGCAGCUUCUUCUAAUAUUACAGCUAAUACGCAAUCGCAAUCUUCUGCAGCACCAAGCGCCGCACCAACACCAUCUGCUUCCAAAAGACCAAGUGUUUCAGCACCUUCUAAUAAUACCAAUAAUGAUUCUGCUACAGGUGGUAUGGCUCCUAAGGGUGGUGCUUAUGGUGCUACUACAGCUCCCAAACGUGGUCGCGGUAUUUUGAACAAGGCCGUCAGCUCCGGUGUACGUGUACCAACUUGCAACAGCUGCAGCACCCACAUCAGGGGUCCUUUCAUUACCGCUUUGGGUAAGAUCUGGUGUCCCGAACACUUCCACUGUGUCAAUGGCAACUGCCGUCGUCCCUUGCAAGAUAUUGGCUUCGUUGAAGAGAAGGGUGAUCUUUACUGUGAAUAUUGCUUCGAGAAAUAUUUGGCUCCCACUUGCAGCAAGUGUGCUGGUAAAAUCAAGGGUGAUUGUUUGAAUGCCAUUGGCAAACACUUCCAUCCUGAAUGCUUUGCCUGCGGUCAUUGCGGCAAAUUGUUCGGCAAUACUCCAUUCUUCCUAGAGGAUGGUAUGCCCUAUUGUGAAGCUGAUUGGAAUGAAUUGUUCACCACUAAAUGUUUCGCUUGCGGUUUCCCCGUUGAAGCUGGCGAUAGAUGGGUUGAGGCCUUGAACCACAACUAUCAUAGCCAAUGUUUCAAUUGCACUUACUGCAAACAAAACUUGGAAGGUCAAAGCUUCUACAACAAGGGCGGUCGUCCCUUCUGCAAGAAUCAUGCUCGUUAAGGUUUAGAAGUUGCUUGCAACGAAAUGACUGCAAACAACUGCAACCUAAAACAGCAGCAGCAACAUAUUAAUAAUAACAACAACAACAAAAACAUUAACGCUAAACCACGCACCUUUUCAUCAGGGAUCAUUUAAUGCAUAAAAACAUUGAUUUUAAAAAAAAUAAAAACACAAGUAUAUAUUUCUUUUAUUUAGUUAAUCAUAAAAACUCAACAUAAAAAAACUAUUAAUAUUAAUUUAAUGAAACAAAACAAGAAAAAAACAAGCUUAGCUUAUAAUUUUAAUUAUCAACAAUUAUUAAUACUUUGUUUUUUGAAAACCUUUACUUCUCAUCCCCUUUUAUUGUGUUUCAAGUUAAAACUGAAAAUUUUAUUAAAUUCUAAUAAUUUCCCUCAACUACUUAAUUUUGCUUUUUUGUAUAAUUUUAACGAACUACAACGAUCAACGAUCGACACCACCCCCCCCCCCUCAUACUUUUCUCAAAAAUCUCCCCUGUUGUAAUGAAAACCUAACAUAUUAUAUUUAAUUAAUGUAAUAAUUAUAUCAACAAAAACGCUUAAAGAUUUCAUUUGUAAUUAAUUUGAAAUUGUUAGGUUUAUCGUAAAAAUUAUUUCAAUUAAAAUCCCUUUUCAAGUAAUUUUUGUGUUUUUUUUUAUUGAAAAUUGUAUGACCCCUGUCUUAUUCUCAUUUUAUUCUCCUAGUUUUGGCUUUAAAUAUUUUAUUUUAUUAUAAAUAUCUUAAAUAUUUAUUAUUAUAUAUGUUAUAAAAAAAUAUUAUCUGUAUAAAAAAAAAACUUGCAAUUAUAUAUAAUGAUGAUUAAAACUACUACAAAAUUUUCAUAAUAUUGUGUAAUAUUUUCAAUAAUUUUUGCUGGUAUCAAUAAAAUUUUGAUGAAAUCUUUCUUUUCGCGUUAAA